CUUAAGUUUUCUGAAAUGCUUCUAAACAGGUGAUUCGUACCUUGUCGCUGGCACGGAUGGUGUGGGUACAAAACUUAAGCUUGCAUUUGAAACUGGAAUUCAUGAUACUAUUGGUAUUGAUCUGGUUGCCAUGAGUGUCAAUGACAUUGUAACUUCCGGAGCAAAGCCCUUAUUUUUCCUUGAUUACUUUGCUACUAGCCAUCUUGACGUUGACCUUGCCGAAAAGGUUAUAAAAGGUAUUGUUGAUGGAUGCCAACAAUCUGAUUGUGUUCUUUUAGGGGGAGAGACUGCAGAGAUGCCAGAUUUUUAUGCAAAUGGUGAAUAUGAUCUUAGUGGAUUUGCGGUUGGCAUUGUUAAGAAGGAUGCCGUUAUUGACGGGAAAAACAUUGUUGCUGGUGACAUCCUCAUUGGUCUGCCAUCCAGUGGAGUGCACUCCAAUGGUUUCUCACUUGUGAGGAGGGUUUUGGCUCAAAGUGGCCUCUCUCUAAAUGAUCAACUGCCUGGUGAAAAUAUAACAUUAGGCAAAGCUUUGAUGGCUCCAACUGUCAUUUAUGUGAAAGAGGUACUUGACUUAAUCGGAAAGGGAGGUGUGAAGGGGUUAGCCCACAUCACUGGUGGAGGUUUUACAGACAAUAUCCCUCGUGUUUUUCCUAAUGGGCUUGGUGCUGUCAUCUAUAACGACUCUUGGGAAAUCCCAGGCGUAUUCAAAUGGAUCCAACAGGUGGGAAAAAUUACUGAUACUGAGAUGAGGAGAACUUUCAACAUGGGAAUCGGAAUGGUUGCUGUUGUGAGCCCGGAGGCAGCCCAUCAGAUCCUGGAGGAAAGUUCUUACAAGGCUCGUCGCAUCGGUGAGGUUGUAAGUGGUGGUGAAGGAGUGAGGUUUUGCUAAAAAUGAUACCAUCUUGCUAGUGUUGUUAACAUUCCUGGUUCUCCUCUGUUGCAACCACAUAUACACCUGGCUUUCGAUAAGUAAAAUUUAGUUUUAGAGGUGUGAAGGAAUUGUUUCCUUACCCUAUAAUGCAGGUUGACCUCCCCCAAAAUCUGGGGAAUUCUGCGUAUCCAUGUUGUUGAGAAAGUUUUGAAUGAGCAAUAAUUAAUUUAAAACCAGCUUCUGUUUCUGA